GAUCAAGGUGACAAAGGUUGAAGUUGGAAUGCCGGUCAGAGAAAGUGAAGGAUGGAAAGAAACAAGAAAUACCAAAUUUCUGCACAACCUUAAUCGUUAAGAAUUAAUCUCGAUUUAAUAUAUUUGAAAAGAUUAGUUUCUGAUUUCUCCGCGUUUGACCGAAAUUCUAAACCCUCUCACGGGGCAUGCAGUUGAUUGGUCACAGUGUCACUGAUCCACCUCCUACAGAGGAAGAGGUAAUUAGCGUAUUAGCUUAAGCAAAGCUGUUUUGGUUUCCUUCCGUUCGCUCAUUCUCCACGCUGUAAUCAAUCCAAACUUUCUCGAAUCUUCUUUCCGACCCAUGGCCGCGUCGCCGUCGUCCUCCACAGCGGCCUCAGCCAACAUCGUGCUCGCGAUCUUCGAGAAGAAGACCAAUACCGUUGAUAUGUAUCGCCCCCUCCGCAAUUACGUGGCGUAUCACUACUCCGAGCGCGAAGCGCAGAACGUCGAAGACGAUCUACAAACCCUAAAGCAACUUCGCUACGAAAUCGAACGUCACCUCGAUCCGUCCCUGCCGGCGCGCCGCGAUGUCCUCCAAACCUACUUCAAAUCUCUUUGCCUUGUUGAGACGCGCUUCCCAAUCUCCCCGGACCCUGACCACGUCAACGCCCUCACCUUUGUUUGGUUCGAUGCCUUCAAGCCAAAGCAGAAGGCCUCGCAGCAGAACAUCCACCUCGAGAAGGCCGCCGUGCUCUUCAAUUUGGGCGCCGUUUACAGUCAGAUUGGAUGUUCAUAUGAUCGGAACACCGUUGACGGCCGCCGCCAGGCCUCGCAUGCCUUCAUUGCUGCUGCCGGUUCCUUUGCCUUCCUCCGCGACAACGCCUCUAUGAAGGCAUCCGUUGGGAAUUCCACCACCGUUGAUUUGUCCGUUGAGUGUGCUGGGAUGCUGGAGAAGCUCAUGCUCGCGCAGGCGCAAGAGUGUGUCUUCGAGAACACCAUUGCUAAAGGGAGCACUCCCGGUGUCUGUGCCAAGAUCUCCAGACAGGUUGGGAUAUAUUACGAGGAAGCUUUAGCUGCACUGAAUGUUGCACCUUUGAGCCAGCAUUUUGAAAAGUCCUGGAUAGUUCAUGUACAGUUAAAGGCUGCGCUGUUUUAUGCAGAAGCUUGUUAUAGGUAUGGGUUGGAGCUGCACGAUAAAGAGGAAAUAGCGGAGGAGAUUUCACGGCUACGGAGUGCUGUUAAUGUGUUGACUGAGGCGAAGAAGAGCUCUAAGGGUGCUGCGGUGCAAAUUCUUGAUGCAAUUGGCAAGUUAGAGGCCAAUAUUAAUCGGAACCUUGAAAGAGCUGUCAAGGAGAAUGAUAGGGUUUAUCUCAUGAGAGUUCCUUCACCAAGUUCGUUAGCCCCCAUUCCAUCAUUUUCUAUGGUGAAGCCCAUGGCAAUGAAUGAGGUGCUGGAUGCAAGCAAAGAAAAAAUGUUUGCAAGUCUUGUUCCUGACAGCAGUGCAAAGGCCCUCUCACGGUAUACUGAAAUGGUAGACGAUGUUAUAAGAACACAGGCUGAAAAGUUGCAGCAAGCUAGUGAGCUAACCCGAGUUAGGCUUAAGGAAAUGGAACUGCCGGAUUCCAUUCUUGCUUUGGAAGGAAAUUUUACUCUUCCAACAAGUCUCAAAGAAGAUGUGGAGGCUGUGCAGAUCAGUGGGGGCCCUGCUGGUUUGGAAGCAGAGUUGCAGCAACUUAAGGACCUAAGGAGGGUGAAUCAAGAGUUGCUGGUCCAGACUGAGGAAUUGUUGCAGAAGGAAGCAAGAGAAGAUUCUCAAUUUAGAAGUCAAUUUGGCACGAAAUGGACCAGGCCCCAGUCAAGCACCUUGACUAAAAACUUACAGGACAGGCUCAACCGGUUUGCAGGUAACUUGAAGCAGGCUGCUGAAAGUGAUGGUAGGAUUGAGCGAUCAGUUAGAGAACAUUUAGCACUCAUGUCGAUCCUUGAUGCUCGUCCGAUUGAAUCCGCACUUCCAAGCUUGGCAAGGCCUAUUAUGUCUUUUGAUCAAAAUGAAGAUGCUAUUGUGGGGUCUCUCAAGCAAAGUUUGAGGCAACUAGAAACUCUCGGAGCUCAAAGGGCUGGUCUUGAAGAUAUGCUUAAAGAUAUGAAAAGAAAGGAUGAUAUAUUACCAAAGUUGAUGACUUCCACUGGUUCUUAUGAUGAUCUCUUCAAGAAGGAGCUAGCAAAAUAUGACCAUAUUUGUGAUGAAAUAGCUCAAAACAUUGAGGCUCAAGAGCAAUUGUUGCUACAAAUCCAGGCUCAAAAUGAUGAGUUCUCUGCUAUCUUCAAUCUUGAAGAUUACAAAGCUUCACGUGAAAAAGCCUACAAGCAGAUUGAAGCUGCCAUUGCAAAAUUUCGAGAAAUAAAGGACAACAUCAAUGAAGGGUUAAAAUUCUAUGUUACGCUGCAGGAUGCAAUCACAAACGUAAAGCAGCAGAGCAACGACUUUGUAAUGACAAGGAACAUUCAGUGCAGGGAAAUGAUUGAGGAUGUUCAGAGACAAUUGGCUGGUCUGAGUUUCCAGGACAAAAACCCAGGUGCUUCUUUUAACAGCAACUAUCCAUCAGUUGGAAGCCAAAAUCAAAGAGCCAGUACACAAACAGAUCCUCGGCCACAAGCACCUUAUUAUCAGCCAGUUGAGCAGCCACCAGUUGCUCCCUAUGGCCAUCAUGCACCUCCCUCAUAUGGUGGUCCUGCGCAUCAUCAGCCUCCACCUCCAUACCACAUUCCACCAUCAUCAACUGCUCCAUACCCACCCCCUCAGGUUCACCAGCAGCCACCGGGAAACCAUGAGUAUGGCCAGCCAGCAUAUCCAGGAUGGCGUGGUCCGUACUAUAGUGCACAAGCACAGCAACCUGGCUCUGUGCCACGACCUCCUUAUACAAUUCCAUCCCCGUAUCCUCCGCCUCACCAAAGUGGUUACUAUAAGCAGCAAUAGUGUUUAUCCGUACAUCUUGUAGGAUAAAGUUAAUAUUCUUUUUCUGAUGUCAUCCCUUAAAUAAAUGAGAUUCGGCCCUUUGUUUGAA